CUGGGGGAGGAGCAGCAGCAGCGGGUGUUGGUUUGUUUGAACUACAGCUGGAGGAGUAAAGUAACGCUGAGCAGAAAUGGUGCAGUUAUCUAAAGCUGGGAUGAGAGAUACUCUAACCCUGAAGGCUGGACAUCCUCCUGCAGUGAAGGCAGGAGGGAAACGAGUGGUUAAGAAAUGUAGUGAGGAGAGUGGAACUCCGGAUAAAGAAGGCAAAAGAGCAGAAAAACCCAGGUCUCUGACAGUCUACUCACGGAUGCAGCAAAUUGGUAUUCUGAUGGCGGGCCCACUGGAGAAGUUGGGCCACGAUUUCCCUGAGACACCAGUAUCAGUGCGACACAGCAAGGUCAGGCCCAGUGCAGAGAAGCCUCACAUUCAGCGCAACUUCUUCAUCCAGCAACCCCGCAAGUUUUGAGCCAAAACGGCCACCACUGAGGAUGUGGGUAGCUGUAUGUGUGUAACAGGAAGUGUGUUUUGAGGUGAACGAUGCGCAUUAAGGACCUGACCUUUAUCAAUAUCUAAUAUCUGACCUUGUCACUUGAUAUUUUUCUAAGCUUGUAGAUAUGUUUUCUUCUAUGUUAACUUCUUGCAGUCUUGUAGCAGGACUCUUCUGCACAGAUUCAGUGCUUAUCUCUGUGCUCAUCUCUCUGCUUGGUUUCAGUGCAUGUAUGAGCCAUUUAAUAACGCAGAAUGAGAGGUGUUGCUUUGUAACAUGCAGAAUUUAAAUGCCUGUCAACUGGUGUUUUGUACUGCUUAAAUAAAAAGAUGUGGCAUUAUGUAA